AUGCCGAGUCGACAACCGGGCUCGGGCAACCUUCCGUCGGGGCACAGCGCGUGCCACCGUAGUAUCGCGGCAACCCCGCUGCCCACACCUGCCCAAACGGCGCCUGCAUCUGCGCGAGGCGCGCGCUGGGCGCCACGGCAACCCGCCGUACGUGGUACGAGACGCGAGCUGCUUGCGCUAAAACUGGCCAACACCCGGCUUUUCCGCACCCCCCAGUCCGGGCGUCAGCAACCCUCUCGCCGCGACGGCACCGCCCCGGAAGGGGGAGGGAGAGGGGGGCGGGGAGGCUGCCUCCUUGCCCUCUUGGCGCGGGCGCCCCCUCCACUGCGACAAUGUGGUCCCGAGACAAGCAAAAGAGAGUUUGGUAAAGGUAAAAGUCUUGUCGGGCUCCUGUACGGUACCAGACCGCGCUCACCCUUGUACUGUAUGUACAGUAGUGGUCAUUAG